AAUCUUUCACGUAUUGUUCUUAUACGAAAUUUUCCAGAUUUCACGUUUUUGGCACUUAAACAUUUUUGAUUGCUUUAGGUGUAAUGUUUUAGGUAAUAUUUGUUACUGUGUGUUUGGGUUAGUGUAUUCUGAAAAAAAUCGCGGGCGAUUUUGGUGUCUGAUACUGAAUGUUAAAAAGAUGGCAAAGAAAUUACAAAAUGGCAGACUUUCACUUGCGUACCAGGAACUGACUGUGUUUCCAACUCAGCUGAUAGAACGACACAGAACAGAGGUCAGGGAACUAGACUUAAGCCAUAACAAGUUGGUUGAUAUGAAAUUUCUGCAAGAGUUUGAGAACCUCAAGACCCUUGUUCUUGACAACAAUAGCAUCACUUCACGGGUUCAAUUUACUCCAGUCAAACAACUGGAAACACUCUGGGUUAACCACAACAACAUCACCAACCUCAGUGUGUUCAUUGAAAGUGUAUCAAAGAAUUUCCCAAACCUGAAGUAUUUCAGCAUGAUGCAUAAUAAUGCCGCACCAAGCUAUUUUAAUGGGGGUACAUACCAACAGUAUAAGGAUUACAGGUUUUAUGUUAUCAGCCAUUUGCCCAACCUGCUAGUUGUUGAUGACACAGCAAUAACAGAAGAAGAAAGAGAAGAAGCACGGAAAUUUUAUGGCACUAGAAGAUAUUCUAUUAAAUCUACAGCAAAGAAAAAGAAAAGAUAAUAAUCGUUUCAAAAAUAUAUAUAUGUAAUUUUACUGAAAUGAUUUCUUUUUUUUUUUUUUGACAAACUUUUAUUGUUGCCUUAUGGGAAAUCUGAACUGAAAUGCUCCAAAAUCAAAUAUCUCAAUAGUACCUGAAAUGCCCAAACAUUAGACAUUUAAGUUAUAUCGCAGAAAUGAAUGCAGAAAAUUCUGAAAUAUAGUGCAAUUCGUUUCCUUGCCCACUGCUAUCACAACAGGGGUUGUCUUCACCGUUUGCAACAAGUCUUCACCAUUUGCAUUGCUAUGCCACCACCACAGACAAAAAUUGCAACGUGCACUUUGCAAUAGACGGCUGUCAAUCAAAUACCUUGACAUCAAUCACAUGCGUGUGAUUCAAAAGGCGCCAAAACUGGGGGUGGCCACGUUACAAUGCAAACGCCGGUAAAAAGAAUACAUAUUGGAUUAAAAUGACAAUAAAUUGGUCUUCUUAAAAAUUCUUAAAAAUUAAAUAUUUGCAGGAAUAUUACUGUAAGAGAAAUAUUUUUAUAACUGAGAAGAAAAUAAAUUUUAUUGAAAUUAUUACUACUUGUAAAUUAAACAGAAUUUAAUGUCAAUAAAACAAUUAUUAUUACUAUUGA